UCCCGAUCUCCAGUCAGAGGAGAGACACAAGACAAGGAGGAUGUGCCGAGUAGCGUGACGCUCACUACCGAUAAAACCCCGUCCAAGGACAGACAUAGACUGUGAUGUUAGUGAAAGGUUUACCAUCCUAAUAGUCAGUGUAACGACGGCCAAUACCAAAGAAUAUAAAAAUCGCCAUCCUCCUUUCCGGCUGUGUCGACAAGUGCCAGAUUUACUAGUCCACGUCUGUUGAUUAGCAAGAGACAAAAGCCAGCUGCGUCACCAAGACUUGCCAAUAAUUCAAGUCAAGUGUUUAUGACGUAUUGCCCAAGUUUGCCAUCAACCUGUUGAUCUCCAAAUAUCUCCACGAAUAUGAGAUUAGAGAUUAAAUCGGCGGCCAAUUUCCUUGUUGAUUUGGCUCGCCUAAACAACAGCGGUUUGACAGAGAAGCAGCUGGAGAAGUUCCGUGGAAAUGUGUGUGAUAUCCUGCUGCGACACUACACCGACCACUGGUUCCCCGACAAGCCGUUCAAGGGCUCCGGUUACCGUUGCAUCAGAAUCAACGGCAACUUGGACCCACUGAUCGCGAGGGCGGGCUUCAUGAUGGGCCUGGCAGUCUCUUUCCUGAGAUCUCUCUUCCCCAAGGAGCUCACCAUGUGGGUGGACCCUAUGGAGGUGGCCUACCGCAUCGGGGAGAACGGCUCCAUCUGUGUGUUGUACGAGGAAUUACCUCCUCCACCACGCAAGUCCACACCACCCCCGCCCGCCGAGAUCAAGACCCCCGUGAAGGCAAUGUCGCAGCCCCCACCUCAGCAGACUUCGUCCCCACCUCCAGCUCUGCCUCCCCACCACCACAUCCACCAACAACAAAUCAGUCACCAUCAUCACCAUCACUUCUCGCCGUCCAAGUCCGUCGUGGUGUCGUCCCCCCUUCACCUGUCCCCGCCCUUGUCUCCGAUCACGACCCAGCAGCAGCAGCAGGCAGCAGCGACGGCCAUGCAGCUGAGUAUGUUCAUCAUGGGCGGCGGCGGGAAGGACGGCAGUAGCCUGGUCAAGUGCAAGGAAUCUCUUAGGGGAGGGUUGGAGGCGCGGUCCCUACAGAUGGACCGGCUCUUCGUGUCCAGCUGAGCCCACACCGUGACAACUCUUGUGAUCUCAACCACGCCAACAGUUGAAAGUACAAUCAGGGACCAACAGGUGAUCCAGACAAGGCGGUGACAACACCAGCCGCUGCCAUGACAAGGGUCGGUUGUUUUACAAGCGUCUUACCGACCGAAGUCGCCCUAUCACAACGGGAAAAUUCUAAGAUUAUUUGUAAACAGUAAUAUUUAUGUACAUAAUGAGCUAUAUUAUAUAAUAUAAUAUACCUAUUAAGUGUUGUGGUAUGAGUGUUUGGUCGUUUAGACGCGCGUGUGACCACCGUUUCUCUCAUGGGAUGAAGAUCACUGCUGCUCUGAUGCUGACCAUUGCAUGCCUCCUCGUACUUACCCACACCCCUAACCCUGUAGCACGUAGCUGUGGUUCUACUUGCCCGGCACGAACCGCCCUUUGGGACCAGGAAUCGCAUCGGUUCCGUCUAUUCCAAGUCCCCUGGUGUGGUUCAGGGCUUGUGUACCUUAGCGACCAUGGCGAGCUGGGGGUUAGCGUUGAGCAGCCAGUCUUUCUACAAGUGGACGAGUCGGAAGGCAGCGCACGGGUCGCCAGCGACUCGUGUGGGCGGUCGCGGGGGUUAAGUUGUGAUAGACUCCCGCUGCUGCGUGGCUCUGGCACAGCGAAAAUAUCCCAGUUCACCUUAUGACUGAAAAAUAAACUUUUUCAGAUGGUACAAAGUCAAGUUUUUAAAGUGUCUGUGAUUUAAUUCGGUCGCAGUAUUUUAUUUUCAUUUCAUGAAAAAUGUUCUAGCUCAGUUUGUCAUCAAUGUUUAGCUUUAGCGACAUUUUUUUGCUUUAAGCAAUUCAUGGGUAGUGAUAUAAUUGUGUACAUUUUUUCCUUGUUGGUGCAUGCUUAUCUUGUAAUAUAUGCCUGUAAAAAGCCUAUUUUGUUCCACAAAACGUCUAAUUUUACUAGAAAAUCGUUUUGUACAGUAUAAAUAAAAUGUCCAAUGCAUUGAA